AUGGUCAUGUUUCCACUUCACGAAUUCUGCGCAAGUGGCCCUGACAUGCAACCUAAUGCACCUUCCAUUGAGGCAAACUCGCGCCCCUGGCGAACGGACCAGUCCAACGAGCACGCAGCUUUAAUUCAUUUUGGGGGUCAGGGGAGCGACUACCUCGACCAACUUACCCACCUCGUGACAUCGUUUCAGACUGUCCGUAACCUCGUGGGUCAGGCCCAAGCAAUCUUUGAACAAAUCGACGUGACCAAGCAUACCCGAAUUGAGCCACUGCUGUGGGCGACAGAGCCAGCGUCGCGGCCGUCCCGAUCAGCGCUGCUCCAUGCAUGUGUGAGCUACCCCCUUGUCUUCUUGACGCAGCUGGCUACGUACAUGGCUUUCCUCGAAUCAAUGGAGGUCACUCACGAUGAGCUCCUUCCACGCAUUCGCGGCGGAACCGGCCAUAGCCAAGGCGUUGUCGCAGCAGUGCUGGUCGCAACAGCUACGACGCAUAGCGACCUCGAAGACCUUGGAUUGCAGUUCAUGCAACUGAUGUAUCACCACGGUUGCCGCGCCCAAGCCGCGUUUGACUCCGUCGAGGAGGGCCACCGUGCGAAUAAAGUGGGAAACGUCGUGCCUACCCCGAUGCUUCUCAUCCGCGGGUGGACCGAAUCCACACUCUCGUCAUUUGUGUUCGAUUUCAACGAUCACACCAUGAACUACCACGCCCCAGUUCAGAUAUCUCUUGUGAACGACGCGACCUCGAUUGCCGUGACGGGCCACCCGAUGGCUUUGCAGCGCUUGCAUGCAGCGCUGGAAGGCAAAGUGCACAGCCACCACCCAAUUGACUCUUUUCGCUUGGAGUUUUUACCAGUGUCGUGUCCGUUUCACAACGAAAUGCUCAGUGAUGCCCAGAGCGCUAUUGAAGCUGACGCGACUCGGCUGGGUCUUGUCAUCCCUGGAAAUGCUUUGCACUUCCCCGUCAUUGGAACAACCAGCGACGCCACCGACUUGAAAACGUAUCGAAGCCGAGAUAUCAUCCCCGACUUGAUCCGCAUGCAGCUUUCGGAGACCAUCGACUGGCCGGCCGUGUCCGUCACCCUGCAAUCCAAGAUUGGCAAAGAGAAGUGCAACGUUUUCGACUUUGGUCCUGGACGCAGCACGCCCCUAGUGUUGUACCCUCGCCGUCCAUCCAUUCAAGUGAGCGAUUGGCUGCACAGAACAAAAGCUGAACGAGCCCCAAUGUCCCCUCGGGAAGCUCAAGUCGCGGCAAUAUGGGCGGCUCUAUUGACCGUCGAUGAAGCCGAUAUUGGUCGAAAAACGUCGUUCUUCGCACUUGGUGGUGACUCUGUUAUCGCAUUUCAAGCCGUCGCGGCGUGCAGAGCCAUCGACGUCAACUUGACCGUGACGCAGUUCUUACGCGAUCCAACUGUCAAGGGGGUUGUGAAGGCAGCCAACUCCACCCAGUCAACGGACAAAGUCGUGUGGCCAGAGGCACAUGUGGCUCCUUCCUCUUCCGACAAGGCCAACGACGACUUUACUGUGUACCCGACCACGCCCAUCCAAGCAGGAAUGGUCACGGCAACUCUGUCCAACGCCAGCGCCUACGUCCUCCAAGUCACGCUGCGACUCUCCGGCGCAUUCAACCAAGAGACUUUGGUGUCUGCGUUUCGCUCACUCGUGGCGGCUAACGAGCUCCUCCAAACGACGUUUGCGGCCACAGACUGCGGAAUCGUGCAGCUCAUCCCCACGGCACGAAAACCUGUGGCCGCCGUAAUAUCGCAUGUGUCUGACGUUGCGUUGCCAGAAUUGUUGGAGUCGGAUUUCGCACGGGGGUUCACUCUGAACGACUCGUCCUUCGUCCGUCUCGCCGUGACGUCCCCUUCAAUCAUUGACGGUUCGGAGUCUUAUGGCGUCAUGACCAUCCACCACGCUCUCAUUGACGGAUGGUCCAUGAAUGCGCUCCUGUCGGAUUUGCUGGACAUCAUGGACGGUCAGAUUUUGUCGAUUACGUGA